CCGAGAUACUAUCCACCAGAGGAUGUUCCUUGUAAACUCCUUAACCAUGGCAAAAAAUUUUUUCCCCAACACAAGACAAAGCUCCGGACUUCUAUUUGCCCCGGAACUGUCCUAAUCCUUCUUACUGGCCGCCAUCGAGGCAAGCGUGUUCUCUUCCUGAAGCAACUUGGAAGUGGAUUGUUGCUUGUAACAGGGCCUUUGGCCAUCAACCAUAUUCCACUUCGUAGGACUCACCAGAAGUUUGUAAUUGCUACUUCAACAAGGAUUGACAUCUCUGGGCUGAAACUUCCCAAGCACCUCAAUGAUCUUUACUUCAAGAAGAAAUGGCUGCAUAAACUGAAAAACCAAAAGGGUGAAAUCUUUGAUAUGGAGAAAGUGGUAUGUAUAUGCUUUUAUAGUAUACAUGUUUAUUUAUUUACAUUUUACAGUAUAUGUAUUCUACAACACAGCUCCAACAGUGACUAUUGGUUAGGGAUUAAUCAUAUAAGAAUAUAUCAUAUAGGAAUAUAGACUAGGAAGUUGGGCCAAAGCUAA